AUGAGGCCUGGACAACCCUCUCUGGAAUCCCAGCCAAUGAUCGGCCUUCUCAACAGCUCUGUUCGCCACCCUAUGAGUCAGGGGCGGCGACACCGGCUGUUAAUGAAGUGGUGUUAUUUUCAUGAAACUAAGUACUUGUUUCGAGUAACUCUUUCAGUGCCAACAUCGAGCGAGGCCUGUUGGUGACAGAAGGAUGCGAAAUGGGAAAGGCGGUUUCAAAAGAGGAGCUCGCGAAUGACAUGCUAGAGAGGAUUGUAGAUAAAUCGCAGUAUGAGGGCCUGAGGAAGGAUUAUGUUUAUGAAAAUCUUGCCUUUGAGGGAGGAGGAGCGAAGGGUGUCGGUUAUUGUGGAGCAGUAAAGGCAUUGGAGGAUCUUGGUAUAUUAAAGAAGAUCAAACGAUUUGCGGGAACUAGCAUAGGAUCUCUCUCAGCUAUGAUAAUGGCCGUUGGAGGAGGAGCCAAUGACAUGGCAGCUGAAAGCCUGGAAAACUUGGAUAAUUUAGUUUCGGACUCCUGUAAAGGCUCACUUUUGGUGAACAUAUUCGCAAAAUUUGGAUGGCAUCCUGGCAGAAGACUGCUGGAUUACUUGAAGGAGAGGGUCAAGCAUUUCACUGGAAACCCAAAUCUCACAUUCAAGCAGCUGUACGACAAGCGUGGAGUUGAACUGUGUGUGAUCGUAACCAACAUAAGCACGUGCAACAUCGAAUACUGCCAUUUGAAGACCACGCCUGACUUACCCAUUGUUAUUGCUGUCAAGAUGUCGAUGACACUUCCUAUAAUGUUCCAGCCUGAAAUUUUAUUUGAUCCGAUACAUAAUCAGAAACACGUCUUCAUUGACGGUGGCCUCUGUCUGAACUAUCCUGUCACUGUUUUUGAUGGUUGGUUCCUAAGCACGGAACCAAAAGAUUCGUUCUUCCAUAAGAUUGGAAGUGAUAUGGACGUGUUUAAGCCAAUCAAUGAAAAAAGUCUAGGAAUGAAAGUGUUUGAUGCAUUUGAAAAUGAGAGUGACGAGUUAACAUAUCUCGGCCGCUACGGUGUGAACAAGCCAAAGAGACCCGACACAGCCCUCAGCGAAAAAAAAGGAAAACUUGUUGACCAUCAGCUUGCGGAGAAGGAACGAAAGCUACGCAUGAUUGAUGCAGCAGCCAGGUUUUUGAAGUUUCUUGGCGAAUGUGACAAGACUGGCAGUGGUACUGUAUCAUUGCCUGAAUUCAAGACGGGGCUGACCAAGGCAUUGAAGCUGGAUUCGAGAGGGGAUGGUUCGAGUGUUGUGUCUGGUUCAGCGGCUGCUUCGGAGAAUGAUGAGUUUGACCUACUUGACUGGGCAAUGCUUUUUGAUAACGGACCGCUUGCUGGAAAAUCUAUUGAAGAAAUAUUCGCCGCAAUAGAUGCUGACAACGACCAACAGAUUGAGUUCCCGGAGUUGCUUGCAUUCAUGUCAAAAAACGGUGUCCCACUCCGACAGAUGAUGAUGCGUGGUUGUCCAAGAACGGAGAUAGACAGCAUUGGAAGUUUCGUAGGGAACGUGAUAGAGACGUUCACUCAAAGGAUAAGGGCUCUUACGAGCUCGGCAGAAGAACCUGAGCGAUCGAUCGGGGUCUACACGGAUUACGUUGGCACCACGGACAUGGCAAUGUCUAUCGAAGACAAGGAAUACGUCGCCAAGCUGGGCUGGUUGGCUGCCAUUGGCUUUUUCAAGCAUCUCAACAAGGAUGGUGGAAAAUACGCCAAAGCUCCCGAGAUAAAGGCAGGAUUAGGGGCCAUCGUGGCGGAGGCUGUUAAAGAGAAGGCAGAAGAGAAAGUGGAGACUAAAGAAACGGAGAUGGUAGCAGAGGCUGUUGAAGUUAAAAAAGAAGAGGCGGCUGCGGAAGUAGAGGGAGAAGAGGCGGCUGCGGACGUUAAAGGAGAAGAGGAGGCUGCGGAAGUUAAGGGAGAAGAGGAGGCUGUGGAAGUUAAGGGAGAAGAGGAGGCUGCGGAAGUUAAGGGAGAAGAGGAAGCUGCGGAAGUUAGGGGAGAAGAAGCAGCUGCUGAUUAAAUACCCAUGUGCACACGUAAGCCGGGUAGACAGUAGCUGGUAGAAAUAAAAAUAUCUUGCCACGUGAUGUCGAUCUAAUCAGUUUCUUUAGGAUGAUAAUUUUCAUAUGCUCAGUAUUAACUGUGAUAUAUUAGGAGGUGGUGCCUUAGGUGAAGGGUGGGGUAACAGGGUAAAAAAGUAUAUAGAUUUCCAAGGCCGUGAUAGCUGCGCUACUCUUCGAAAUAAAGGUUCUUGAGCUUUUAAAAAAUAUACAAUGUUAGACAUUUUUCCGUUGACACAAAUAUGCACUCGCCGAAGGGUUUUCGCAGCAAAAGAAAAGAAACCCUUGUCUUUGAGAUUACGAAAAACCUCUAAUGAUUUAUCAUUUCGCUGACAAAAAUUUUAAUGGUGCAUAAUUAUGUUAGCCGAAAAACCCUAAAGGUCCUUUUUUAAAUUCGAAAACUAUCAUUUCCAGGAGUGUGAAAUCGGAUGCAUUAGCUGGAAGCUCAGCAAAAACAUUUAGCUGUGUUAAUCUUCACCUUUAUAAAUAAAUCGGGGGUGCACUUUCGUAUGAUCAUUCGUGUUAUAUCUUGUUUGCUGUGUAUAUUGUAAUGAGUUUUAGAAUUGAUGAAAAUCAGUUUUCUUCUAUAAAUAUAGGAUUAUGGGUGUGGUUUUUACAAUAAUAUUUGGUUGGCAGUGAUCGCCACUUCUGAUGAGUUACAUACAUGUCAACGACUUUUUUCAAAAGUGCCUAUUGUUGGUGAACAAUGUAAAUGCAUGCAAAUAAUAACUAGAAUUGUCAGUUGAGUCUUAGCAGACUCUGGAGUCUCCGCCUCAUAUGCACACAGCCAUGCAUGUUGACAAAAACAAAACAAAAACAUCGCACUUUCACUUCAGCGGAGCGAUGGUUGAUGUGCGAAAUACGACUGAUCAAGGCAACAUAAAGUGUCCAGAAGGGAAGAACGCAUUCUUGAAACUCAGCUGCUUUAAUUCACUGUCGUUUUUUCUUAUUUCAUAGCCCAUAAACUCCAAAUAUUAUAUUAGGUAUUACAGAAAAUGCUUCGAUGGUGUAGACUAGUCCCUGGUCUUUAUCCAUAACGUUCCUCCAUAUGUGCAGCCAAUAUGUAAUACACAUAACGCGGGGCACCAGUCAUCGUGCCGGUAUGGCGAGCUUUAUUGGUUAAAAAUUUACAUGUAUUGCGCUAUGCAUGCCCAUAGCACUUUCGCGGCUGUAACCCAGAUUGACUUCUUAGUUCAUGGACACCCUCGUUUUAUCGAUGUUUUGCAAUGCAUUGCAGUGUUCAUGUACAUAUGAAGCUUUCACCUGGGGACGAGAGUUUGCUGGAAUAAUUUCUUGAAGAGAAUAAUACCCUAAUACAAAAGUCUCAGCCGAUGGCGGAGACUAAUAACAAUUUGAUUUUUUUGUGCACGACUCAUCUGCAGUGAGUAAAAAAGAUGACUCAAGAUUGGUAUCAGAUUUUAUGUUUAUUGCUUUUCACGCAUACAAGUACAUGUUUAUAUUGAAAUCACUCUAAAUAAAGCCAAGAACCUAAAUUAUUAGUGCAGAUGAUUGUUUUCUUCUAAUUUUCGGAAAAAAAGUAUUUACAUAUUUAAUUACAAUUACUAAUGAUUACGUUCAAGAAUUCGGCUUGAUUUGUCUGUGCAUUGAAUCAGUUUACUAAUGCCCAAAAGAGACUGGGUGUACAUUAAUGCGCUUUUUAUAUCAACGCAUGCCAUGAUGUCGGAUAUACUACGGCUAGUAUUCGUUUAAACGCUAUACUUUUAAUGUUACACGUAGUUUCGGUCGAAAUUAUAUCCUAAAUAAACACCCGGACGCCCCUACUCGUCGAUACUGCCGUAUAUGCCCUACCGAUCUUAGACCGGCCAGGGUCUUCCCAUUAUAGUUCAAGAAGUGCAGUAUUCAUGUGCAUUAACAUGUACGUGCAUGUUCAAAAUCAAAGAACAGUUUUCCUAUUCAGGUGCAUGUAAUACGUCCAAAAUCAAAGUAAAGUUUUCGCAUUCAUGUGCAUGCACAUGUUACACUAAAUAUCACAAAUAAUGCAUGUUCAAAAUAAAUAGUAGGCCUGCAGAUUUCCGACUCAUGUGCAUGACGUCAUAUCACA